AUGGCGACCGCGCCGCGCCGGGCUCGCCUGUUUCGCUCGCCCACCGCAAUGGAGCAAGGGCGCCUCUCUCGGCAAAGCCGGCGGCAAAGCGGGAGCCCGGCGCCUCCCUCGGCCGGCACGAAGCCCGCCGCCUUCGCCAAGAGCGCCGGGGCGGAGGACGUGGCCGAGGCCGACCUCGAAGCCGCCGUCUCCAAGCUCGUCUGCAGAGUGGGGCGCGUCCAGACGGAGGCGCGCACGUAUCUGCACUCGGCCAUAGGCUGCGAGCGGGCCAAGCGCUGGCGGGAGGCAAUUGAAAACUAUAGAAAGCUGCUAUCUUCCUUGAACAAAAUGAAGUUUCCUGCAGAAUAUGUUCCUGGUCAUAGCUGUAUACGGCUGGUGUUUGAAACCUAUUAUCAUCUAGGUGUUGCUCUCCAAAAAUUAGAUUUGCACCGCGAUGCUGUGGAAGCGUUUACUAAUGCAAUAGAAGCUGCAAAUGUCCCCAAGAGUGUCUGUCAUGUUGGCUGUGUUUCUGGAUCUUACUACCAGACACCUGCGUUUGCGAGGAGAGCUUAUGCAUAUGUAAAAUGCGGCAAAAUCAAAAAAGCAAUAUGUGAUGCUACAAGAGCUGUGGAUUUAGACCCCAUGAAUCCUGAUGUGUACUGUAUCAGAGCUCUUGCAUGGAGCUCAGCAAAAGAAAAAAUGAGAGCCCUUACUGAUUUGAACUUUAGUUUCAAGCUGAAUUCAUCUCAUAUUUGCACUAUGAUCUUAAGGGGAGCUAUUUUAAACUCCCUUGGGAAACUGCCUCCUCCGAAGAAAAAUAAAGAUCAUGAAAAGGCAUCUGAUAUUUCCUGGGAAAGUAGGAAUUUCUUUGAUGUGGAAGAUUUUUAUAGUCCGAAAAUUCCUUCAUUCUAUGAUAAAUACCUCUGGUCUCUAAAUGUUUUUCAUACCGUGACUGAAAUAGACCUGUUUGAUGGAGCUAGAUUCCUCUCCAACUCCAUUAGCAAAAACAAAGAACAAAACUUGGGGAGACCAUUUAAAUGUGGCUCUCUGACAACGUAUUCCGACAACAUUUCCUUAUUAAGGCGAAAGAUGUACUCACGGCAAAGCAUGGCAUCAGUCACAGGAAUUAAUGGGAAGAAUCGCUCCAGUUUAUCAUCAGCAUCUGGCAGUGAAAAUUUAAAGAAAACUGUGGCAAAAAGAUCAAGUUCAUUUACAGGCUGGAAUGCAUGAAGAAGAAAUCAGCUUUCAGCAGGAUCAUGGUGGCCUGGUACAUGGCAAGGUGUUGAGUGAUGUUUUUGACACUGGAGCUUAAAAUAUGCUAUAUUUUAAAACUGGCAUUCUUUAAAAUGUAUUCCGUUCCUUAGUAAAGGGCUUUAUUAAUAUAUGCAUAUAUUGAGUGUGUUUGUACUGUACCUCCUUGGUGACGCUCUCAGGAUCCUCAGGUGUUUGUGGGUGGCCUGCCAAAACCUACACCGGCCCCAAAUCUAUUUGCAUUGUGCAUUUACACUGUUAUGAGGAAUGAGGUAUGAUUCAUCUUCAAGUCAUAAAGAUAAAACACAGCUUGGUAUUUAUAACUGGAGAGGGCCCAUAAGAUUUUUCAAAAUAAACGUGAAUGACUUGAACUUGCCCAUUGACCACAUUAUGCAGUGCUAGAACAUUACUCAUUUAUAUCAAUUCAGAGCACCGUGCAUAAAAUUGUCUCUGAACAGGAAGGGAAAUACCUGUACCCUUAGUGUUACCAUGCACACCUCGCUUUUUGUCCCCUUGACGUGCCCAAAAGGCAUCUAACAAAAGUUUCAAAACAAUAUUCUGUCUAAAUAGCAUAACAUGAAAGCAAGUGGAGCAAAGUUUUCUCAGGCUUGGAAACUUUCUGGGCUGGGUUAUUAUGCCUAUGAGCAUAAUAACUGUUUCUCGGUCUUUCUGUUUAUUACCAAGAAUAGUAGUGUAGUUCUAGUCUUGAAUACACCUCUGGGAUUUGGCUAAUGUGAGUAUGCCUUGCUCUGCUUUAGCCAAGGUGAUUGAAUCAUGCCAUAAAUUUCGCAUGAACAUCUAGGUUUUUUUCCUACAUUCCUUGGUAUUCCUAGUUAAAGUACAAACAUGUACAUAAAAUCUAAAAGAGCAAAUCCAAUAAAACUUUUUGAUGCUGCUUUGGAGUAUACCAAUACUGUUUUACCUCUCUUUAUUACUGAAAGGAUUUAUUUGUUUAUUUAUUUGCCAGCUGGUGUGUAGCACGCUUAGGAUUUUGUGCAGUGCUCUUUCACAGUGCAAUGACAACUUCAUAUUGAAGUCAGAAAUUCAUAGAGGCAUAAACACAGCUGCUGAUACCCAUAAAACAACUUGUUUACAGGGGGAGGCAUAAUCAGUACUAUCAAGUGUUUUGUCAAUUACAUUAAAAACAGAAACAGAAAACAAUAUGUAUUUGACAGGAAGACCAUUUUAAGACAUUAUAUUUGCAUAAUGCACACCUUUUUACGUUGUGUGAAGCAACGAGACACAGAAAGAAUGGUAUCCAUUAUUCAUGAACUGAAAUA